GUGACGUCACUUUUUCGCGACCCUUAAUUUUGGCUUAGCGUUUCCUGGCUGCUGCUCUGAAGUAUGCCUAAAGUAGUGUCCCGGUCCGUCGUAUGCUCUGACACCCGGGACCGGGAGGAAUAUGACGACGGCGAGAAGCCCCUUCACGUCUACUACUGUUUGUGCGGCCAGAUGGUCCUGGUGCUGGACUGUCAGUUAGAGAAGUUGCCCAUGAGGCCCCGGGACCGGUCCCGUGUGAUUGAUGGUGCCAAACACGCCCACAAGUUUUGUAACACCGAAGAUGAGGAGACUAUAUAUCUUCGGAGACCUGAAGGCAUUGAACGACAGUACAGGAAAAAAUGUGCAAAGUGUGGGCUGCCGCUCUUCUACCAGUCCCAGCCCAAGAAUGCUCCUGUGACCUUCAUUGUGGAUGGAGCAGUGGUCAAGUUUGGCCAGGGUUUUGGGAAAACGAACAUAUACACUCAGAAACAAGAGCCUCCUAAGAAGGUGAUGAUGACCAAGCGGACUAAAGACAUGGGCAAGUUCAGCUCUGUGACUGUGUCUACUAUUGAUGAAGAAGAAGAAGAGAUUGAGGCUAGAGAAGUUGCUGACUCGUAUGCACAGAAUGCCAAGGUGAUUGAAAAGCAGCUGGAGCGCAAAGGCAUGAGCAAGAGGCGCCUGCAGGAGCUGGCUGAACUGGAAGCCAAGAAAGCAAAAAUGAAGGGAACCUUGAUUGACAACCAGUUCAAAUAAUCAGGACCAAAAAAAAAAAAAAAAAAUAAUCAGGACCUUUCUGUGGACCCAGGCUGGAGGCAAGCAUCUAAGAUCAGGAUGAAGAAGAGUGUUUUCUUGACUACAUGGACUUAUUCUACUUUUAUGCUCCAGCAGAAAGCUUUACGUGGCUUCCCAGUGAUUAUCCUACAUUCAGUGAGGUCUUUGAGUCCAUCUGACCUGAUUUAUAGAGACAGAUUUUUCUCAGUCUUCUGUAUUUAUGUCUUCUGUUCUAUUUUUUGUUCAUUUGAUGUAAACUUCUUCAUCUGUGUAGGAGAAGCUCUAUGAAUAGAUCAAUGCUUGUGUUUCUCUAGUUUCUAAAGGAGCUGUUCUUAUUCCUUCUUCAAAGUUAAUAAAAUGUUUAAAGAUUUUUGAAAAAAA